AUGGGUGAGUUGAAUACUCUGUGCACAAAGCUAGGACUGAAGUGCUUCAAAGAUCAAGAAUACCAGUUCCUGCAUGAGUACUGCAUGGCCAUGAAACCUCUGACUGCAGCACUGGACAUUUUACAAGGCGACUGUCCAUAUGGAACUUUACUACCAACACUUGAAGUUCUGAUGCAGAAGACCCAGGCUGUGAAAGAUGACCUCUCCAGGAUGACUGCAGCCCUUCCAGAUGCCAUUGUACAGUUCUUGAAUAAAGUGAACACCAUCGUCAUCAUCCCAAGUGUUUCCACUGUCAUUCCACCUUCUGAGAUGCAUUACGACUGUAAAUUCCAACCAUUUUCCAAUACGGACGCUCAUGAAGAACACCUCCUACUACAGUCCAUUGCUUGGCCUGAAACUCCACCUUUACCAUCACCUCUGUCCAUGAACAGAACCAGUGAUCCAGCACACAGCACCUUCACCAUUCUCCCAGGGAGAGAAGGGGAACAGUGGCAUGUCGGGGAUAAGCUGGAGGUUCUGAUAAAAAUUCAUGACUUCCAGGGUCAUCCAAAGAACGGUGGGGGAGAUGUCCUACUUGCUCGUCUGCACAACCCAACUCUUCAUUCAGGUGUGGCAGGGCAAGUCGUGGAUCAUCUCAAUGGCUCCUACUCUGCUGUGUUCUCUUUACUCUGGGAAGGAAGCGCACAGGUUGAGGUGACACUGGUUCACCCCAGUGAGGCAGUCACAGAACUUCGCAGACUGAACAUCGAACAGCCUGACAGGAUGCGCUUCGUGAGCCAGUUCCGCUCAGGCUCAGUUACUGAAACUACCAAAUGUCACGUAUGCUUGCGUCCAACCCAGCAGCCCGUGUGCAACUACACUGACCUCCAAACAGGUGAGCCGUGGUUCUGCUACAAGCCAAAGAGUUUGAGUUGUGAUGCCAGGAUCCUCCACUUAAGGGCAGGAUAUAAGCAAAUCACAGCAAUGGACCAGCUCUUUCAGAGAGGUGUCAACAUGAAAGUCUCCAUUCCAGCUUCAGGACCUGCUGGUGUCACCGUUUUGCCCAAGAAGAAAGAUCAUUUAGAGAAGAGCAGCAGUAGUGUUGAACCUGGACCCUCUGGCUAUUACUACCAGGGUGUGUGGAGAGCACUAGGUGACACCACAGUUCAUCAAUUCAACACUCCAUCAGCCAUCACUCAGUGUCUGAAAGGAAAGGUGGUUCACCUGUACGGAGACUCCACCAUCAGGCAGUGGUUUGAAUACUUUAUCGCAACAGUACGAGAUCUUAAGGAGUUUAACUUGCAUAGUGAGAAAAAAGUUGGACCUUUUAUGGCCCUGAACUAUGAAAACAACAUCAUGGUGACUUACCGUGUGCACGGGCCUCCUCUCCAUUUUACCAAAGUGCCAACCAGCGAGUUGCGUUACAUUGCCAACGAGCUAGACAAUGUUAUUGGAGGUAGAAACACCGUUGUAGUUAUUGGCAUCUGGGCACACUUCUGCACUUUCCCCACUGAGGUCUACAUCCGACGGUUGCAGAGCAUUCGGCGGGCAGUGGUGCGGCUUCUGUCCAGGGCUCCAGAUACACUGGUUGUUAUUCGGACUGGAAACCCCAAAGCUUUGAAACUUCAUGAAGUAUUGACUAACAGCGACUGGUACUCACUGCAGAGGGACAGGGUGCUCAGGGCCAUGUUUAAAGGACUGAAUGCCCAUCUGGUGGAUGCCUGGGAGAUGGUCUUGGCCCAUCACCUGCCACAUGAGCUCCACCCACAAUUCCCCAUUAUUAAAAACAUGAUUAAUGUUCUCUUGUCCUACAUAUGCCCUCAAAAGGAUGGCUAG